UUCGUCCAAUCAGGAGCGAGGACAGAGUGACGCUGCAGAUGUAAACAAACAGAGGCAGCGCGGCCAUUACAGUUCCUUAGAGUUCCUCAGAGUUUCCCGUUUGGAUUCUCCGCCGUCGAACAAAUCAGGGUCGCACCCCGGGCCGCACCGAUCCGUCCGCCGGAGAGCAGGGACAUGAAAGACCCGAGCAUCAGCAACGCCGCCCCGAACAUGACGAUCAGCAACGAGGUGAUCCUGAGCAACCAGUUCAACAACGAGGACGACCCAUUCGCAGAGUACAUGUGGAUGGAGAACGAGGAGGAGUUCAACAGACAGGUGGAGGAGGAGCUGUGGGAGGAGGAGUUCAUCGAGCGCUGCUUCCAGGAGAUGCUGGAGGAGGAGGAGCAGUGGGAGUGGUUCAUCCCAUCCAGAGACCUCCCCUCUCAGACCGUCAGCCAGCUGCAGGAGCAGAUCGGCCUCCUGGUCCUGGACGCAGACGUCCACGCCGACGCCGACUUCGAUGUUGUGGUGAACAGCAGUCUGAACCCCAACGCCAAGGAGUUCACUCCGGGCAUCCAGAAACAUGUCAUGUGACCCCACCUGGCUCCGCCCCCUACCCCAGUCCGCACUGUGACAUCGUCGACAAGAUGUCUGCCGUAUUUUCCAGCCGCCACUCGACCUUCAGCCUGACGUGUUGCCAAAGUUCUGCGCUCGCACGUGUUCCAGUUCAGAAUUCUUCCUGUUACUGCGACCCUCCACCCGUCUGUCUGUGGAAACUCUCUGAAUGUAAAUCAGCUGAGAGGAGUGUUUGUGUUCACGUUAAACUCAGAACAAACUGCUCUGCUGUCUCCACGCUCACCUUCAGCUUUUAUUUGCACUUUUCUUUUAUAGAACCUGAGAUCAAACCGUGGGCUCGAGUUUUAUUUGAUCGCCUUUAGCGCCGCCUCCCGUCAAAAAGCACUUUUCUGCUCGUUUGGUUUUACUGUGUUAGUUCAGAGUCUGGUCUAGUUUAGUUCCACUCUGAUCCAGUUCACGUCAUGUUUAGUCCACUGUUUAUCCGCUCUGGUCCAGUUUAGAUGUCAUCUAAUCCACUAGAAUCCAGUUUAGAUGUCGUCUAAUCCACUAUAAUCCAGUUUAGAUUUGGUCUUAUCCACUAUAAUCCAGUUUAGGUCAAAUUCAGUUUUGAUCUGGUCAGUUUGGUCUGAUCUGGUUCAGAGUUGGUAGAUCAACUCUGAUUCAGUUUCGUUUGCUUUGAUCCAGUUUAGAUUUGGUGUAAUCCACUAUAAUCCAGUUUAGGUCAAGUUCAGUUUUGAUCCGGUCAGCUCUGGUCUGGUUUAUAUCCGGGUCUGAUCCAGUCUUGGGUCUAGAUCAACUCUUUCGUUUGGUCUAAUCCUCUUUGUCCUGUUUAGAUAUGACCCAGUCCAGUUUCAUCCAGGGUAGAGUUGGUCUGAUCCAGUUUGAUCCCAUUUCUAUUUAGUACAAACAAGUUUAGAUGCAGUCAGCUCUGGUUUGAUCCAGAUCAGAGUUGGUCUGAUCCAGUUUAGAUCCGGUCUUGUUUGUAGAUCCGCUCUGAUGAAGUUUGGAUUUGGUACAGAUUGAUCCACCCUAAUCUUGUUCAUCUGUUCCAGUUUAGAUGUGGCCUAAACCCAUUAUUCCCAGUUUAAAUCCAGUAUAAAGCUGGUCAGAUCCACACUGAUUAGGUGUAGAUUUAGUUUGAUCCAGGCAACUCUGGCCUAAACAGGUUUUGAGCUUGGUUGAAUCUGUUAUUUGCACAGUCCACUUUAGAACCGCUGAAAUCCAGUUUAGACCCGGUCUGAUCCAGUUUAGAUCCGGUCUGAUCCAGUUUAGAUCCGGUCUGAUCCAGUUUAGACCCGGUCUGAUCCAGUUUAGACCCGGUCUGAUCCAGUUUAGAUCCGGUCUGAUCCAGUUUAGACCCAGUCUGAUCCAGUUUAGACCCAGUCUGAUCCAGUUUGGAGCUGUUCUGGUCCAGUGAGACCUGCUAGUUUUGGUGUUUGGUUGGUUCCUUUGUGUUUCUCCCUGCUGGCCCUCCGACUCGUCGUUGCCUCAUUAACUGAUGUCGUGUUGACUUUUUUCUAAAUGCACAGAAAGUACUGUAUAAAAAGUCAUAUAAAGAAAAAAAUGAUGUAAAAAAAUCUAUUUUUUCUUAAACUACUUGAAAAUAAAUGUUUAUGGAGAAAAAGCA